CUGGGCAAGGGCUCAGCCGCCGGGGCCGGAGCGCUCAGAGCCUCGGAGGCGCACGGGCGCGGCCACAGCUGGGCUCGGGUGCUCCGUGGUCACCGCGCUCCGGGGUCCCCCGCGCUCCGGGUCCGGGGUCACCGCGCUCCGAGGACCCCCGCGCUCCGAGGACCCCCGCGCUCCGGGACCCGGGGCCACCGCGCUCCGAGGACCCCCGCGCUCCGGGACCCGGGGCCACCGCGCUCCGAGGACCCCCGCGCUCCGGGACCCGGGGUCCCCGGCGCUCCGACAGCUCCCGCCUCCGGAGGUUCCCCGCGCUCCGAGCGCUCCCGAAACUCGAGGUCCCGCCCCCACCAUGUGGCUGAGGUGUCCCGGAGUGCUCCUGCUGCUGCUCGGCGCCCUGCAAGCCACAGACACUCAAGAGCAAGAAGUCAAAGCGCUCGUGGGCAGCAGCGUCGAGCUCCGCUGCGUUUUCCCCGAAAGACACACGUUCGAUUUAAAUGACCUUUAUGUGUAUUGGCAAAUCAGCGUCGUGGGCCAGCCGAAGACCGUGACUUACUACCUGUCCGGGAACAGCUCCACCGGCCAGGAGGACGACCGCUACAGGGACAGGGCCCGGCUGUCGCCCGAGAGCAUGCAGCGGGGCGACUUCUCUCUGCACCUGUACAACAUCACCCCCUACGACGAACAGAAGUUCAACUGCCUGGUGUUUAGGAAGUCCUUGGAGUUGAAAAAGAUUUUGGAUGUGGAGGUGACGCUGCACGUCGCAGCGAACUACAGCAUGCCCGUGGUCAGCGCCCCAAGCGGCCCGUCCGAGGACCGGGAGCUCACCUUCACCUGCACGUCUGUGAACGGCUACCCGCGGCCCAACGUGUACUGGAUCAACAAGACGGACAACAGCGUGCUGGACGGGGGCCUGCAGAACCACACGGUCUCGGUGAACGCCCAAGGCUUGUACGACGUGGUCAGCGUCCUGCGGGUCCCCUGGGCCCCCAGCAUCAACGUCGGCUGCUGCAUAGAGAAUGUACUUUUGCACCAAAACCUGACCAACAGACCGGCAGAACCGAUCCCUGGAACUGAGCCCAGCAACACGGGGAGCCACAGGGACGUCCACAGGAGGGGUCACGGGGCGGUGCUGAGCGCCGUGGCCGUGCUGCUCGUGCUCGUGCUCGUGCUCGGGGCCGUGGGCUGUGUGUGCAGGAGCAGGUGCCCCCGCGCGGACCCGUGCAGGUGGCGGGCUGCCAGGCCGGAGCAGGCCCUCUUUGACUGCGUUUGACGAGAACUUGCCACCUGGGACGCGGACAGGGCUUCUGCGAGAUGCCACCAGGAGGGACAGCGGACGGCAGCUUGAGAAUUGACCCGGGCAGGCCUGGUGGCCAAGGGGGACCGGCUGCCCCCGCUGGCGCCGUUAACAAGGGGGCUUCGUGGCCACGGGACCUCUCCGACCUGGAAGGGACUGCGCAGGACCGUGCCAGACGCCAGGGCGAGUGUCCCGGCUGCUGCCCCCAUCCUGGGAUGAGGACCUUCCGACAGGCUCGGCGGCUCCAGAACACGCAGCCCCCACGGGAGCGGGCUCCCCACCCCGGCGCAUCCUGGUGGCUCCUGAACCCACAGCCUCCUUGAUGUCGGAAACCCCCGGGGACUCCGGGGGACGGGGUUCUCUGAGACCAGAGGAGGGCGUCUCAUUUUGGGAAGAAGAGAGCGGGUGCCUGGUCUCUUCCUCGCCUUCCCUGCUGGGUGAAGGUCACCCAAGGGUGUCUGUGGGACAUGUAGAUGCGGGGCCCCCACCCUGCCUGCACCCCAGGAUGCAGGACCUGUGUGUCUGUGCAUGUGUGUGUCCAGGACGCAGGACGCGGUCAACGCUGCCAAGCCCCUCCCCGAAGGACGCCUGGGAGCCUGGGAGCCUCUGACAUCUUCACUGGGAAGAGAACCCGACCUUGCUCUGGUCAGAAGCUGGGUUUCCCUCCCUAAAGACACACGGGGGCUUCUCGCGAAGGCCGUCUGCUGCGGCGGCCGCCCUGGCAGGAGCAGUGGCCUCCGGGGGACACCCGGGGACAAAGCAGAAAGUCAGAAACUCGCUCAGCUGGGAUGGGGAACGUGGGCUUCACCAGGUGGCCGGCGAGGGCCCUGGGGGCACCACGUCACGAGCGGCGGGGCCUUGUCCCAGCAGAGGGGCAGCCGCUCAGCAUGUGGCGCUAACUCCGUGCCACCCUCUGCACCCAUCACCACCGGGGCCCCAGAACCUGCACGGUCACCAUGAAGCCUCCGACAUCAACUCCAGGCUCCUCGGAGCGCCCCCGGGCCCAGCAGGCGGACGGGCAGUGAGCAGCACCCAAGGCCACGGCCCUGAUGGUUCCCCCGAAUGAAUGUAGCAGCUAAUGUCUCCAGAAGGUUCUGCAAAGGAGGCCGGCGGGUAACGCGGGCGUGCACAGCCCCUGGGAAAUGCAGCCUGUCACCCUGCCUGUGGUCACUCGGCACGGAUGGGCGGGCAUAAGAGGCCUGCACGCCCCAGACCGCGACAAACCCCGGCACCGGGCUCGGUGGCAAAGCCGAGCCCAAGCCUUGUUACAAAAAAGGAUCCAUUGUGUAUUUUUGUACCCAGAACGCCUCGCCCGGCUCUGGCACGAGAGUGGUGAGGACGGCACCCGGACUUCACGUGAAGCAUUAGAAGGGCGCGUCCCUGCAGAGGGACGGGGAGGCCGCGGCUUCGGAGCGGGCAGCAGGUGGCCGCUGGGCUGCAGGAGGGGGCGCGGGCCCGUCUGCGGCCUCGGGCUCGGGGUCCCGACCAGCGUGUGGCCCGCCCGUCCGCGGCAGACCCGCUCGCUGGGCGCCCUCCCAGGGUCUGGCUCGGGGUCUCCCCGUGAGCGGACCCCGCCCUGGAGGACGCUCCCAGCCACUCUCCCACCGCCACCCGGACCCUCGGGUGUGGGAAGACGCACGGUGGCCCCGCGCCCUCGGGCCUGGACGUCACUGCGCUUGUGCUGUGCUCUGCACAGGCCGGAGGCCCCUGUAUUCAUGUAUUUCUGGAAAACUGAUUUACAAGAAUACAAGGUGGAAGUGG